CAGCUGUCCGCCUGCGCGGACAGGUGGGGCCUAGGCGGCCAAUCACAGCCCUCUACGUGUUGCAGCGGCAGUGACGUGAGACCCGCGCUCGGCCUUCAGCUGCGGCGGCUUCUCUGCGGACAGACCUUCCUUCGUCGCUUCCCGGUUCCCCGUCGUCGCUGCGCAGUGGCGUGCGAACAUUCGCAGCCCGGGUCCAGGCCCGCAAGCGCCGGCAGCCGCUCGCCAUCUCCACCGAGCGUCAUGGCCAUGGCCGGCGGGCCGUCGGCGGCCGGACGCUGCCGUCUCCUCAGCUUCCUCUUCCUUCUGCUGAUGUCGGGCUCUACCCUGGGCUGGAACGACCCUGACAGAAUCUUGUUGCGGGAUGUAAAAGCUCUUACCCUCCACCAUGACAAAUAUACCACCUCCCGUAGGCUGGAUCCAAUCCCACAGUUGAAAUGCGUUGGAGGCACAGCUGGAUGUGAUUCGUAUACCCCAAAAGUCAUACAGUGUCAGAACAAAGGCUGGGAUGGCUAUGAUGUACAGUGGGAAUGUAAGACUGAUUUAGAUGUCGCAUACAAAUUUGGAAAAACUGUGGUGAGCUGUGAAGGCUAUGAAUCCUCUGAAGACCAGUAUGUACUAAGAGGAUCCUGUGGCUUGGAGUAUAACUUAGACUACACGGAACUUGGCCUAAAAAAUUUGAGAGAGUCUGGAAAAAACCGUGGCUUCACAUAUUUCUCUGAUUAUUAUAAUAAGUUGUACUCCCCAGAUUCCUGUGGCAUCAGUGGAUUGAUAACCAUCGUGGUGCUGCUUGGCAUUGCCUUUGGAGUUUAUAAGCUGUUCCUUAGUGAUGGUCAAGAUUCUCCUCCACCAUACUCUGAGUAUCCUCCGUAUUCCCACCGUUACCAGGGAUUCACCAGUUCAGCAGGACCCUCUCCCCCAGGCUUUAAGUCUGAGUUCGCAGGACCACAGCAUACUGGCCAUGGUUCAACUUCUGGUUUUGGCAGUGCUUUUGGAGGACAACAAAGAUAUGAAAAUUCUGGUCCAGGUUUCUGGACUGGAUUAGGAACUGGAGGAAUAUUAGGAUAUCUGUUUGGCAGCAAUAGAGCUGCAACACCCUUUUCUGACUCGUGGUACUACCCAUCUUACCCUCCGUCAUACUCCAGCACAUGGAAUAGUCGUGCUUACUCACCACUUCGUGGAGGCCCGGGUAGCUAUUCGGCAUACUCAACCUCAGAUACAAGAACCAGAACAGCAUCAGGAUAUGGUGGUACCAGAAGACGAUAAGAAAGUAGAAAGUUGAAGUCAAACUUCAGAUGCAAAAUUUCUGUUUUUCAUCACUUUCUCUUAAAAAUUGCUACCUAUUAACAGCUAGGGAAAGGGAAUUUUCAAAAGUCCUGUGGUGUUUUGUCCUGUAUAGCUUUUUGUAUUCUUGUUAUUUGAGGCUAAGAGUUGGUAUAUGAUAAAAUGCUUAUGUAAAGCAUUCUGUUAGUGUAAAAACAUUUGUGUUUUGCAGUUUUUGAAAGUGAUUACUGUGAAAUGCUGAAAAGGUAUUGUUUUAUUUCUAAAAUCUGUGAUGCCAUAAAAAGCACUAAGAAUGAAAACUUUCUACCACUAGAGAGAAUACGCAAAACUUGCAUCUUAAGGUGGUUUUAGUUGAUGCAUUAGUACCUCAAAGAAACAAUAGUUUUUAUAUUUGGUAUUAUAUUAUUUGGCAUUUUCUGUUCUUCAAACAUUUAAACAAACUUGGACUACUAGUUUUGCUAAUCUGCAGUUUCUGAUCACUUGGAACCAAGGAGCUUUGACUCCUGUGAUAGUGGUAGUAGAAGGGUGUUGGUAAGUGACCCUUUGUAGGAAGUAGAAAAAUAAGCAUUUAGAAAGUUGUGAAUGAUGUGUGCUGACAAAAAUGCUUGGAACUUCCAUAUUUCCUCAGUUACUUCAGUUCCUAGGAGGUAAAAUUCAAAUGCUUUAGCAAAUGUCUUUUAAUAGCAAAAGCAUGCAGUUCUCUGUGGAAGCUCAUGUAUCCUUGUAGCUCUCUGUUUCAGUCUUACAUUAAAAUAACAGAACAAAUGAAAACAAAAA